AUGUGGAGGCAUCUCUCUGCUCUUUUGCUGAUUGCUCUCGGCGUUGGUGGAUCACCAAUCGAGCAGACGAUUAGACUGCCGGGCCAUGAGUUCCUCGAUGCGUUCGCUCGGAAUAAGAUGUUCCCUCUGGCGGCUGCCGCCUACUCGGACGACCCACAACUUUGUUUGACCAACAGCUUCCAGGAUGCCAAGGUAAAUUGAGUUUUUAAGACAGAUUACAGUCAACAUAAGCCAAAAAUUUCUUACUGAUUACUUUGUAGAUGGUCGGAAUCGUCUUUGCCAAAUGCCAAAACUCCAAUUUCUCGACCCUUUGUUCCGGAUAUGUGGCAGUUUCGCCGGCUGACAAAGCUGUUAUUGUGAGUUUCCGUGGGACCAACAACUUUCUGCAACUUGUUACGGAAGUCGGGAAUGUCGCUUUCUUCAAUCGCCACAGAGCCCCAACCAAUGGAAUGGUCGCUCAAUACUUUUACGACGUCUUCGAACAAUUGUGGUACGGUGGAAUCGAAAAAUUGGUGAACAAAGCCAUCACAAGCAAUCCAGAGUUCGAUGUUUGGGUAAGUUUAGUGCUAGUCUUUUGUAAUCAUCCCUGUGAAAACUAUGGAUUUAUAACUGCUUUAUUUCAGCUUACUGGCCACUCCCUUGGAGGCGCUGUGGCUUCAAUUACUGCGACAAAAGUCAUGGUCGACUACAAAUUGCCCACUGCCAGAGUGAAACUGAUUACCUUCGGACAGCCAAGAACUGGUGAUAAUGUCUUCUCAAAGACCUUCCCAGACAUUGUAAGCAAAAAAAUCUUUAUAUUAUUCUUGUCUACACUAAACUUCAUCUUCUUUCGCUAUGAAAAAUACAAUUUAAUCGAGACGGUGCCUUUUGUAGGCCAUUCCCUUUCGCCCUGUUUCGUACUUUCUCUUCCUACAAUUUCCGUUGGUAUUUCAGGUCCCCACGUCUUACAGAGUCAAUCACAAACAUGAUGUUGUCCCUCACGUCCCUCCUCGAGGCUAUGUCGGCUACAAUCAUCACUUUACGGAAGUCUGGUACCCCUCCAAGAUGACAGACGGAGCCAAAUUCAAGAUCUGCGAGGGCGAGGAGAGUCCGAAGUGCAGCAACAGCGUGCUCUUGCCCGUCUCUGUUCUCGAUCACAUCACGUAUUACAAUGAGUUCGUUCCGGUGUUUGGAAUCAGAGGAUGCAAAUGGUCGAAACGGAAAUGA